AUACAUUUCUAGGAAAUCUUUAAACACCAAAAGUAAACAUCUGGAUGAUGUAGACGGCAGUGGUAUAUGGAUACAAUGAAAGAAAUUGGAAUUAUUAUCAAUGUGAUUGUAUGCUGUAUCAAUGUCAAAGGAAACAUUGAGACAUAUAACUGGUUUGAUGCACAACAAUUGUGUCGAAAUUCUAGCAAACGUUUAACAACUAAUGCAUCGGGUUCAAUGGAUUUUAUCUGGACUGGAAGACAUAAAAGGUUUUCUCAGUGGAUAAAAAUAUUAGGUUGCUACAAAGAUUCCAGUUUACGAGGUGGACUUAUAAUCAACAUGACAGAUCUAGAAUACCCUUCAAUAGGACUAUGCCAAGAACACUGUUUGAGACGACAUUAUAGUGUUUAUGCUAUGAAGGCUACAGAAUGUGUAUGUCUUCAAAAAGAUUUCAAAGGAAUUCACCUUCCCUGGGAUGAGUGCGAUAGACAUUGUUUAAAUGAGAAUGAUGAUAUCUUGUCUACUGAAUGUGGCGGAAAGGAAGCUUUUAAUGUGUUUUCAACCGAAACUGGUAAUCAAUUUACGGAUGUAGACAAACAAUGCAUCGCCCUGCUGUGUGAGGAGGACUUUUCUAGAUUUAAGCCACUUGACUGUUCUGAUCCCUUGGAAAUGAUUUGCAGUAUUUCUGAAGUAUAUUCUAUAAAGGGAAACUGGAGAUCAUCAUUCCAAAAAUGUAAAUCUGUAAACAAUACAAAUCAAAACGGAAUAUUGGAUCUUUCAAACGCUGAGGAGGCGUGUAAUGUAAUCAAUGUUACCUCUGAGGCUCCAUUGUGGGUUAGAGUUGUCCGAGAAAUAUAUAUGUCAGAAGAUCAAGGAGAAUCUUUUUUUGACAAAACAUUAAUCACCAAAUGUCAAAAAUGCAAAAAUAGUCAUUGUGAAUUUGUAACAUGUUUCGAGAAGAAUAUUACUGAAGUAAACUGCACAGUCCUACAUGUAUCUACAGAAAUUCCGAACAGUGAACCCCCAGCUGAGUCAAAGAAAGACGACAACCUAAAACAAACGAAACCCCAGCAACCAAACCAGACUACGAAAUAGUACAAAAAAGAAAGAUUUCAAAUAAAAACAAACGCUAUACAAAAGAUGAUAUUCGUCAUCUUGGGCACUCAAAUCCAAGUUAUAUUGAGACCACCGGGGUCGUCAAGGAACAAGAGAAUCCCAACUGUUCCAAUAAAGAUGGAGAUUAUGAUGAACUUCAUCAGUCAAAGUCCCGAAAAAUAGAGAGAUCUGAUAUAUUCCAUUACUCUCUUCACCUUCCUCCCACAUAUGACAUUCCUCAUCAAGAAGAAAAGAAGGAGACUAUUGUAGAAUCUGGUUACGAUGUGGCCUUCACAAACAGAAUUUCAAAAAUCGAAUUGUCGAAAUGUCAUCAAGAAAAUGUUUAAUUGUUUAUUGAAUUUUAUUUUUUAAAAAUGCGUCAUAAGUCGAAAAGCUAUCUUUUUAAUCA